AAAUUGCAAGGCCCUUAGUAGGACCCCUUAGUGAUAUAGGAUAACCAAGAGGCCAAGAUACUCGAACUGGGAUCUCUACUCCUUCUGGUAGACCAAUACUUCGUCCCAUGGUGCCUAUUGCGAAAAUGAGUGGUUGACGAAACAAUGGCUUUGGAUUGGUUGACUUGCCUUGUGACGUCAAACUAUUUUUACACCGAGGGAUUUUCCUGUUUUUCAUUAUGGUUUCAGCUUAAAUGCGUUUGGGCUGUUUUCCUGGCUUUUUUCGAGCUCACACAUAGGCAAACUCGCCCCGGUGCCGAAAUUUAAAUUCAAAUUUGAUUUCAGUUAUGUAAGGAACGAAAUCAGCGCCUCCAGUUUCUGAUUUUUUUUAAUUUAGCGGUUAUUAUAAAUCUAGAUGUUUUAGAAUUUGGAAUAAAAAAGCGAACACGCCAAUGACCCCACAGACACCUGUUAUAUGUACAAUCAAUUUUACUAUAAGAACAAACUUGGUCCGUGACCUGCACCCGACUAUCACUUUUAUUAGCGUAAUGAUUAUUCUUUCCAAUCCGCAAUAUUCAUUGUCAUGUCAUAAGAGACGGUACAUCGAUUAUCUUGGCAAGAACGAAAAUCUCGUCCCUACGCAAUAAAUCUCGCGCGAUAGUUACUCGAAACCGUCCUUGAUUGCUCUUCCUGAUUCAGUGGUGACAGAUUCUUGACAGGAUAUUUACACUAUAUAACGGGGGAUUCGAGCUAGUGGAUGUCUGGUGCGGAUACGGGUGAAUCGAAAUUCAGAUAACUAUAUUCAUCCCUGGACGCGGUUUUACGCAUUAUGAACUGAACAUGUUAACACGUGACGUCAGUGACGUAGCAGGCUAUGUUAUCGUCAUUUCAACCGUGUUCUUGUCUCUGAUAAAAUCCAACCAUGGCGAGGAACUGAGGCUUGGGAUUCUGACUAGAAAAGGAGGAGUCUUUGGAUGGGAUCAAAAUAUGGGAGCCUUCCUGAUUGCUAUAGACAAGCUGCAUAAAAACGGGCUUAUGACCAACUACACAUUUAGGCCGAUUUUUAAUGAUGAUAAAAAUACUCCUAAGAGAGCCGCCGGUCUAGCUGUCGAAAUGAAGGUCAAUCACAGUGUCAAUGUGUACAUUGGGCCACCAAACUCACAAAAUACUGUCCCAGUGGGCUAUCUCUCUUCCUAUUGGAACGUACCCCACUUCAGCUGGGCCUCCACGAAUCCCAUACUAACUGACAAGAAAAAGUACAAGACCCUUGUUCGCUCGGGGCUAGGAACCUUUUCAAAGUUCGCCAAGUCAUUAUUACUGGUAUGUCAGAAGUACAAGUGGAAGAAAAUCGCAGUGUUCCUGAAUAAAGCUUCGAUUUGUUCAUACGCAAGGGAAGGAAUCGACCAACUUUUCCCGAAAAGUGGCGUCGAUAUUGCCGAACAGAUAAUCUUUGAAAGCAGCCAGUUUAGCGACGCUAUGGUGGAGGAUCACCUUAACCGUUUAAGGCAAAGGGCUCGUAUUAUUGUGAUAUGCGGCAGGCGCAGUAGUAAAAUUGAUGAAGGACGGAGGAUUUUGAUCGCGGCGCAGAAGUUAGGAAUGACAAAUGGCGAAUACGUCUACUUCUACCCGGGGACGCACAGUCUAAAUCUCAAACCAAAGCAUUGGGAAAUAACCAAUGACCCAGACAACGACGUGGCGAAAGAAGCCUACCAGUCUCUUUUUUAUAUCACGUGGAGAGAAAGCGAGGAAGAAAAAGAUUUCAGAAAAAACUACGCCAGAAUUUUAUCAGAGCCACCAUACAACAACAACUCGCUACUUAAUGUGACGGUGUCGCAAUACGUGUCUUUCGCCCAUGACACGUUCUAUUGCUAUGGCGUCGUCUACCAAAAGAUCUUGGAUAUCGGCGGUAAUAUCACCAAUGGCACAUUAUUUCUCGAAAUGGCCAAGAAUACGACAUUCGAAGGUGUGACGGGGAGAGUAGCAUUUGACGAUAACGGCGACAGAGAGCCCGACUACACGUAUUGGAAGUUUGACAAAGAUACUGGGGAAAAGUACCCAGCCAUUGAAGUGCUUCUCACUCAGGGACUGCAAGUGGUGGAAGUCGGCACCAUCGACUGGGUAAAUUCUCGAAGGAAACCUCCACCUGACACUCCAAGCUGUGGCUUCUUUAACGAGAAGUGCAAAGAGGACAAUACAGGUGUGAUAGUUGGUGUGGUCGUCGCACUUUUUGUGGUUGCCACCGCCGCCGGAGGACUAGCCUACUGGAUAAGAAGAAAAAAACAGGAAGAAGCAUUAGCCAAGAUGUUAUGGAAAGUUAACUACAAUGAAAUAACGCUUGUCACUCAGAAACGAGGUUUAGAAAGCCAAGUUAGUUUUCUGAGUUCAACAAAGUCUCGCAAUUCUUCUAGAGGCAGUCAAAGUGGGAGGCCAAUUUCCCCGGCACCACUUGAACAGAACUUCACAACUCUUGGCCGCUAUAAAGGUCAAACUAUUGCCGUCACCAGGAUCAGAAAGGAUACUCUACAACUGACUAAAGAGGACUUGGUUCAACUGAAGGCGAUGCGUGAUCUUGGUCACGAGAAUAUGAAUCCUUUCAUCGGAGCCUGUGUUGACCCGCCAAACUUUGCGGUCCUGUUUGCAUACUGUGCCAAAGGCAGCCUCGUGGAUAUCAUAGAAAAUGACGAUAUCAAGUUAGACUUACUGUUCAAGAGGUCACUCAUACAAGAUUUGAGCAACGGUCUUCACUAUUUGCACUCCUCCUUCCUCAAGUCACAUGGCAAUCUCAAGAGCAGCAACUGCGUGAUGGACAGUCGGUGGAUGUUAAAGAUCACGGACUAUGGUUUACAGAGGUUGAAGGUGGGGCAAAGGGAGGACGAGUUAGGCGAUCAUGAACGAUACAGCCGUUUAUGGUGGACUGCCCCCGAACUCCUUCGCCAGGCUUUGCCGCCUCCCGGAGGUACACAAAAAGGCGAUGUAUAUGGUUUUGGAAUCAUAGUGUAUGAGAUAACCUUCCGUCGAGCACCAUAUAGCACAGAAACCUUGACUCCAAGAGAAAUCAUCGAUAGAAUAAGAGCUGGCGAGAAAAACUGCUUCCGUCCCGAUAUCGAUGACGUCCCCGAAGACGCUAAUGCCAACCUGGUCCAGAUGAUUGAGGCCUGCUGGGCGGAGAACCCGAAUGACCGACUGGACACCACGGGAAUUAGGAAGGCGCUGAAUGUCAUUAAUAAGGGAAGGAAGCUGAAUAUCAUGGACAACAUGUUAUCUAUGAUGGAGAAGUAUGCAAACAAUCUUGAGGAGCUCGUCGAGCAGCGGACUGGGGAACUGAUCGAGGAGAAGAAGAAGACUGAUCUGCUUUUGUACAGAAUGCUUCCAAGGCAAGUGGCAGAGAAGCUAAAAAAGGGCGACCUGGUGAAGCCCGAGGCGUUCGAGAGAGUGACGAUAUUCUUCAGUGAUAUCGUGGGUUUUACCACGAUCUCCGCCAAGAGUACACCCAUGCAGGUGAUCGACUUACUCAAUGAUCUCUACACGAUGUUCGACAGCAUCAUAGAAAAACACGAUGUUUACAAGGUUGAGACAAUCGGAGAUGCCUACAUGGUGGUGUCCGGUGCCCCCGUCCGCAAUGGUGAUCUCCAUGCAGGCAAGAUAGCUGACAUGGCACUCAGUAUCCUUCAUGGCAUCCAUCACUUUCAAAUGCCCCACAUGCCACACGUCCAGCUUCAAGUCCGGAUAGGACUGCAUUCGGGUUCUUGCUGUGCAGGGGUGGUUGGGCUGUCUAUGCCAAGGUAUUGUCUUUUUGGAGAUACGGUGAAUACAGCAUCGAGAAUGGAAUCGACCGGAAAGGGUAUGCGAAUCCAUCUGAGUACAGAGGCCAAUGUAGCCCUGGCUCACCUUGGCGGUUACCAUACAGAGAUGAGAGGGGAGAUUGAGCUGAAGGGGAAGGGGAAAGUGAUAACGUACUGGUUGAACGGCAGGGACGGAUUCACCAAGCAACUUCCAACAGAAGAAGAGAUUAACAAUAAUCCUCUUCGACCAGAUGGGCUGCCGCAAAGAUAUUUCUGGCCAGAUAAGUCUAAUGCAAAUUUGUCCGAAGCUUGAUGAGGUUGCGACUGUACGUCAAUGCACAUUAGGAAGGACUGGGACAAGCAGAAACGGCAACAGAAAUGAUACAGAUAUUUUCUACUAUAUACAACAUUUACCACAUACACAUGAAGAAUCGCGUCAUCCAGCGGUGUUGUCCGACUCCAUCCGACAGAUCAAGUCUGGACCUCAUCUCUACUCCUUGUUUGUGACAAAGACUGUCCUUGGACAAAUAAUCAUUGAAUCAAUCGGUCGUUGUGACAACUCCAAUAAAUGCGACAUUUAGUUGAUAUUUAUAUGUAACUAUAUUGAAUUUUGUCUCCAAUGUAAUGUGGCGUAAAGUAAGGUGCAGUAAAUUAGUGCGUACGUACGCAGGUAGUGGUCUCGGCUUCAACAUACGCAUGCAUACAGGGGGAAGUAGGCCAACCACUAAAAAUCGGAAAAUUGUGCGUACGGAUUAAAAAAACGGAACCCAAGUAUUAAAUUGUAUUUAUACAUGUAAGUAUGAUUGUAUGAAUCGGGUGCACCCUUGUCCCUUGAUAGUGUAAUGUUUUCGGGUAUGGGAGAGCAAAUGGCCUUGUCGUUUGCCCUGUUGUUGAUGUUAUUGUCGGGAAUUUCUGAAACUGCCUCUUUCUGAUAACCUGCCGAAAAUAUUGUCACAAUCCGUUACAAUUCAUAAACUGGUAGUAGGAUCCCUUGUGAAUCGGGCUGUCCGUCAAUUAACGACAAAUUGUUUUCCCAGUGUGACAAUUGUUAAUUCUACUCCGACCACCAGCAAUAGAAUUAACAGCUCGAAAGAGGUGUUCAAUGAACGUCUACGUGGGACGGCGGUUGGUGAGGCAGGAAUACUAUGCCCAGGGGAACUGUGGUAUAAGAGGAAGUGCUCAUUCAAUUGAAAUAUCAUGGUCACCUUCUGCCACUUAAGGCUAGGCCGGGUAGGACUAUUCUCCAGGGGACUAAUCUACUUUCACACCAACGUAUGCUUCUCUCUGUUUUGGUCGGAACCUGCGAAAUAGAUUCAUAUGUGUUGAAGGGAUCAUUGGUGUCUGAAGAGAGUCUGCGGUAAAUUUUGCAAUCGAAUUUUAUUACUUCAGAGAUGUAUCUAAACUUCGAUUUAUAAUAGAGUGUUAAACAAGUAAGGGAAAUAAAU